CUCAGGCUGUCUCACUUUUGUUUGCCUCGCUGUUUGUGCCUCUUGCUGGCUCACGUACUUAUAUGGGGUUUUGAUCUGUCCAGGCUGGGAUAUCGCAAUGGCUGUAGCGUUAGAUGCCGUGUGGAUUCGGAUCAAGGACGUAUGUAAAAGGAAUGGGCUGCUGAUCCUCUCUGUGCUCUCCGUCAUCAUUGGAUGCCUCCUGGGGUUCUUCCUCCGGACAAGGCGGCUCUCCGAACAGGAGGUGAAAUAUUUCCAGUUCCCGGGAGAGCUCUUGAUGCGGAUGUUGAAAAUGCUCAUUCUCCCUCUGGUUGUUUCCAGUUUGAUGUCGGGACUGGCGGCGUUGGACGCCAAGGCCUCCAGUCGACUGGGCAUCAUCACCAUCUCCUACUACCUGUGGACCACGUUCGUGGCGGUGGUGGAGGGCAUCAUCCUGGUGUCCAUUAUCCACCCUGGGGGGGCCGCCCAGAAGGAGAGCACGGAGGACAGCGGCAGACCCAUCAUGAGCUCGGCCGAUGCGCUUCUCGAUCUCAUCCGCAACAUGUUUCCAGCAAACCUGGUUGAAGCCACCUUUCAGCAGUACCGCACAAAGAUCAUCCCAAUCAUGAAGUCCCCGAAAGCAGCGUCUCUCACUGAGACCACGCCUCGCCGCCUCGUCAUCUACGGGAUCCAGGGAGAUAACGGGAUGGACAUCCAGAACUUCUCCCUGGACCUCACCCCCCCUCCCGAGAUCAUCUUCCGCUCCCUCUCCGGCAGCAGCGACGGCAUGAACGUGCUGGGGAUCGUCAUCUUCUCCGCUACCAUGGGUAUAAUGUUGGGAAGGAUGGGAUCCAAUGGCAGCCCCCUGGUCAACUUCUGUCAAAGCCUGAACGAAGCCGUGCUGAAGAUCGUCGCGGUAGCUACCUGCUACUUCCCCUUUGGCAUCGUGUUCCUGAUCGCUGGUAAGAUCCUGGAGAUGGACGACCCCACGGCUAUCGGCAAGAAGCUGGGCUUCUACGCCAUCACUGUGGUGCUGGGGCUGGUCUUGCAUGGCCUCUUCAUCCUGCCCAGCAUGUACUUCUUCAUCACCAAGAAGAACCCCAUCGUCUUCAUCAGGGGCAUUCUCCAGGCCUUGCUCAUAGCGCUGGCCACAUCAUCCAGCUCCGCCACGCUGCCUAUCACCUUCAAAUGCCUGCUGGAGAACAACCACAUCGACAGGCGCAUCAUCCGCUUUGUGCUGCCCGUCGGAGCCACCAUCAACAUGGACGGCACCGCGCUGUACGAGGCCGUGGCCGCCAUCUUCAUUGCACAGGUCAACAACUACGAGCUUGACUUCGGGCAGAUCAUCACCAUCAGUAUCACGGCAACGGCUGCAAGUAUUGGAGCUGCUGGCAUUCCUCAGGCCGGCCUGGUUACCAUGGUGAUCGUGCUAACAUCGGUCGGAUUACCGACUGACGACAUCACUCUGAUUAUCGCCGUGGAUUGGGCGUUGGACAGGUUCAGGACCAUGAUCAAUGUGAUGGGGGAUGCCCUGGCCACCGGGAUCAUGGCUCAUGUCUUCAGGAGAGAAUUCACCAAGAAGCCCUGUGAUGAGGUCCCUCUGAUCUGCGAGACCAAGCCAAUGAUCAGCAUCCAGCAGCUGAUGGCAUACCAGAAGAACGGCUGCUCCAACCCCCAGCCAGAAGGAAAGCCUCCACUCCCUGAGGGCAAUGCCGCCGACGUGGCCCGGAUCAGGCAGCUGGAGGAAGGGGUCCGGGCCAAGAAGAACACGGUCCAGCCAGAGAAGCACAGCGCCAAGGACCACUGCUCCAUUGACAUGAACGGCCUUGAGACGAACGUAUAAACAAACGGGAGAGAGUGGGCGGGGUCUUUCUUCAAGCUGGUGCACACUGGGGUGUGAGCUCACUACUUUGUUUGGGAGUGUGUGUGUGUGUGUGUGUGUGUGUGUGUGUGUGUGUGUGUGUGUGUGUGUGCAAGCAUCUGUAUGAUGAAACAUGUGUUUGUGUGUGGCACACCAGCACAUGGAGCUUAAACACAGCUACAGGGGCGAGCUGAAAGCAGCAGCAUCACUAACGCAUGUGAUUUAGGUCACUACCAUUGCCGCUAGCAACCAGACUUACCAUAGCCCAUCCCCUCAUGCCAGACGACAGCUACGACGUCACAGGGUGUUCACAAUUACCCACUGCUGCUGUUGUGGGACAUGUCUGAUGCAGAGUGUGUGCGUGAGCGCGUGCAUGUUUAAAAUCAACCUUCUGUGGACAAGCCAUACUGGACUAUACUGGACAAACUGCCUGUUCCUUUAUUAUUAUUAUUAUUAUUAUUAUUAUUAUUAUUAUUAUUAUUAUUAGUAGUAGUAUUAUUAGUAUUUGAUUUUGGGGACUCAAAGCACAAGACAAGCAUGCAAGCUCCUGUGCUAAAGACAGCAUGAGGCUGCAGCAGUGCACCAAGCAACUGCAUAACUGUUUGUGGCCUCCAUAUCUAUUAUUCAUGUUCAGUGUACUCCAUUCACAGUACCUUUCCUUCCACCCGCCUGCCUGUCAGUGUCUCCUGUGUCAAUAUAUCCUGUCUACGGCCAUGCCUGCCUCUGGCAGAAGCUGUAUCCUUGCUGCUGGUGUUUGAACUCAAAGUGAUUUCCAGGACCAGCUAAAAGUAAUGGGUCAAAAGAGUACAGCAGAACCCCUACCAGACAUACAGCAUAGCAGCAGCAACAGCACAGCAAAUGGGCACAGAAAAAAAGCACUUAAACAGAGAAACUACAAGAUAUAUGGUAUAGGUAUAGAAAUUGUACACAUGCUGUUGGCACUGUGACAUUACCCACAAGAGAUGCUGCAAGAACAGCCUGGAAACUAGUAUGAGCUACUAUCUCAUUUUAUCUUCGCGAAAGCAGAGUUUAAUAUUAGCAUGAAGUAAAUAACAGCGACUCUCCUGGAGGAAAUCAGGAGAUAUACAUAUAUAUAUUAAAGCAGGUGCACUGGUAUUGUUUUGAGAGUAAUAAAGCUGGUGGAAGUGACAGUGAGAAGCGCAGUUCAUUCUGCACAGUUUAUUGCUGCUUUAUUAUGUCGUAUUGCUCUAGAUAUACUGCUCUGGAUAUUACAGUCGAACUGCGAUAGUGAAACAUCCAUCACAUGCUUUUCUGUUUAAUGAAGAAACUGCAGCAGGAAAAAUGAAUGCACACAAAGGAAGCGACUGCAAGUAAAAGCAUGUUUGAUAUAAAUACCAGAAAAUAAAAACGUACAGCGAUAAACACUGGAAACAAAAAGAAAAGGAGUUGUGCUAUACGCAAAGGUUUGUUUAUUUCAUGUGUAAUAUACAGCUGAACAAUCUUGGGAAAACAAUUCUGUAAAUUGCUCGUCAACUUGAAAUAUAUAAAACAAACACCCUGAAGCAUAUAAAAAUGUUUGUGAUCUUGGGAAGAAACCACAUUUAUACAGAACUGACUCUAAUUCUUAUAGAUACUCAGCUCCAGGCAGCGCCUUCGGUAACACUUUACAUGAAGUGUCUCUAAUUACUGUGUAUUUACAUACUAGUUACUUAGUAAAUGCAUGUGUGC